AUAUGUUAAUUUCAUUUUUUAGGGUAUGGGUGGUGAUGCUGUUUCUUCUAUUGUCAAGGAAGUUAUAAAGGGAAUUAAUGAGGGUGAUGACAAAUCUAAAAAAGGUGGAUCGGCUUACCAAGGAUGAUGUUGGUGGUGAAGCAAGAAAAAAUAUGGUUGAUUCAUCUGCAAUUGAUGUUGUUGUGGCUGGUGUCAUUGGGUCUCCUAACUUGUUUGAUAGUCAAGGUACAGAAGAUAGUAUUACUUUGUCAGCCAUGGAGAUCAUUAAUGAAAAAAUUGAAACCAUUGAAGGAAGCCUGAAAAAGGAAAAGAAUUUAGAAGCUAAUUCUUAUGAGUUUGCAAAGAGGGUUCCCAAUAUUGGAUCUGCAUUGAGGAGUCCAUUUACAUCUGAUUUUGGUUCUAUUGGGAGUAGUAGUAAACCAAAGGGAGAACAAUCUAAGUUGCUUGCUUUUUCUUCAGUUGCACUUGACCGUAUUGAUGAUCUUCAGUCUAAACUUUUUGAGCAGUGGUUUAAGGUCGGUUUCAAUGAUAGGAACAAGAUUAAAAAGUUUAAAGAACGUGAUAGGAAAUUGAAAGUCCCGUUGGAUUUUGCAAUUAUGAAGAUUGAUGAUAAGAUGUGGUUUUAUGAUUUGCUGACUCCUGGAAGAAAUUUGUCAUGCUCGCAUUUGGAUGUUUGUUUUUACUACUUGAGAAAGGAGAUAAAGUACAAUGAGAGUGUAAACUCUUUUGUUAAUACCACUGAUUGUUUCUUUGCUGCCCAGAUUUUUGAGAUGUAUAAUGAGUUUGUUAAGAAUGAUUGUGACAUUGAAUCUGUUAAGAAGGACAAAGAAAGCUUCUGCAUACGUAGCUGGUUUUGGUAUGUAUUGCAGUAGAAAAUGGAUUGAAUUAGAUAAUGUCUUAAUGCCUAUUAAUCUGAUUGAUUUGGCUCACUGGAUUAUGUGCAUUUUUGACAUACGUUUGAGAUGUCUUAAAGUGUGCAAUUCUAUGAGAUUUGGGAGGUACAAGAACUCAGAAAAAUUGGUUCGUGCUUUUGCUGUCAUGUUGCCUAUUUUGUUGUCACAUGUAAAUUUUUAUGAUCAAAGGAAAGAUAUUGAUAAGAGCACAGGAUUUUUUCAAGGAAAGAGUGAGACAGACCCUUUGGAAAUUGUUAUCGUUCAAGAUUUGCCUCAACAAGAGCAGUGUGACUGUGGUGUUUUUGUUAUAAAGUACGCUGAGUAUUUUAUUCAUGGAUUGAUUGACAAGAUUCCGAAGGAGUUGGACAUUCCUUUUGUUCGAAAGAAGCUGUGUGUUGAGCUCUUUGUUCAUGCUAAGAAGAAGGAAGUGAGUGGUUAUGAAUCACCUUCAGAGUAUCCUGGGAGGAUGGAAAAGGAUGGAAAGAAAAAGAAGUAGUUGUUUAAUGUAGUUGGAAACACUUUUGUUUCUUGUUGUUUUGAUACUUUUGUACGGGUUAUUAUUGACUAGUUUGGGUAGUUAUGAACGUUAAACAUAUUAACCUUCUUUUUGCUUGGUCAUUUUGUCAAACGUAUGUAUGGAUAUUGGAACUAUUUUCAGUACCUUUAAUAUGAUAUUAAUGCAGGUUGCUUUUGGAGUUAAGUUUGAAGUUUUUUUUCUUUUACUAGAUGUGUAAUAUAAUGUAAGAUUAUUAUGGAAUUUUAUCAGUUUGGUUUUUUGUUAAUGGUAGUAUGUAUUUUUUUUGUUUGUUGUAUUCUUUUUUUUGAGUUUGGUCUGAUUAAGUUGGUAUUUUUCUUUUUUCAGGGUUUGUAAACCGUUGCAUAUAUCUUCUGUUUUUUAUUUAUAUUUUUUGGAAAAGAGGUACACACUUUCAAAUCAUAGAGGUAUUUUUGUUUAUUUUUUCAAUUUAUUAUGUUUAAGAAAUUAAGUUAAAUAAUAUUGAUUACAUUUUUUUUUACUAUCAAAUUAACAACUAAAUUGUUUAUGAAAAUGUUAAUGAAGAAAAUAUUUUUAAAAUAGUUUUGUAAAUUAUAAAUCAAGAUUCAAAUUAUUGGUUUUUUCUUUUAUAUUUUUGAAAUCAUUUUAUUUACAAAAUAUAUUUGUUAUGUUUAUUUUGUUAAUUUUCGUAAAACAGUAAGCACAUUUGUGUUCAUCUUUAUUUAUUUAUAUGAAGGUAUUUAAAAUGAAAAAUCAGAAGUUCUUAGUGUUCCUUUAUUUUGUCUUAUAUUUGUAAAAAUAAGAAAUCUGAAAGACAUUUUUUUGUUGUAUAGUUUGUUUCUAAAGUAACUUUCUUCUCUUCAGUGGAUUUAGAAUUGCUUCAUUUUUGCAAGACCGUCGAUUAUGUCCUUUUUGGUUGCAUUUUCCACACUUGACUUUUGUUUUUGUGUCCAUUGCUCCUUUAUAUCUAUCUUUCUUUGGCCUCCCAGCUGGUCUUUUAUAUUUUGGUGGAUGUACUGUGAUAUUCUUCACAUCCUCUGGUAUAUUCCAUGAUGUUGCUUCACCUAAUGGAAGUAUGCUAUCCUCAUAUGUUGACAUGAAAGCUUCUUUAGUGUAGUAGUAGGAGCAGUAUUUGUAGCAAGAGAAGUUUCUUUUGGCUAGUACAGCCAUUGCAUGCGAGCAAGGCAUUUCGUCAUAGUCAAACUUCUGACACGUGCAUGUUUUGUUUUCCAGAUUUACUAUGUAGGAGCUUGUAUAAUCGUGCACUUUGUAUACAAGAAGGUUUACUGUCUCAACCUGCAUGAAGAAUUUAUUCAAUUUUUUGUUAUUAUGUUUUUUUUAGAAAUUAUAUUGUUUACUGUUAAUGAUUUUUUUUAUAUUUUUCAAACAAAGUACGAAAUUUAAUUUAAAUUAAUGUUAAGUGUACCUUGUAUUUUAAGCCCAUUUCUCUUUGUUUCUUGAGAGCCUUUUCUGGAAUAUUUGCCAAAGUAGUGUCCGUUUUCAAGGCUCUAUUUUUGUUUUCCCAAUACCAUCUUUGUACCAAAGAGUGUAGACAUUCUAGUAAGGUUGCAACUGGUAAUUCUCUUACUGAUUUGAGAGCUGCAUUCACUGACUCUGCUAUGUUUGAUGUCAUUGUUUUGUAUCUUUUAUUCAUGCUGUAUAGCCUUGUCCAUUUAUCAUAUCCAACUUCAUUGGCCAAGAAAUCUCUUAUUCUUAAGUCAAUGUUGUCCAAAUCUUGCAUGCAUUUCUCAAAUUCUUCUAUAGUGUAAGCUUUCGAAGCUCCAUCAAAUGCAUGUUUGAGCUCAUCUCCUCCUUUUUUGAAUUUCAUUUUUAGAUUUUUGAGCAAGUGAUAGCAACAUACCCCAUGCAUUAGGAGUGGGAAGUUUGACUUUGUUGCUUUGUAUAUACUCUCAUGCCUAUCCGAGAUUAUGCAUUGUCCUUCUCUUUCUCCAUAUGUUUCUUUUAUUUUUUGCAUGAACCAA